AUGCAGCUAUUCUCUGUGCAUGAAUUAGCCUUUGUGGAGCAUGAGGCUCGUGUUGGGUCUGAUCAUUCUCCGAUUGUUCUCCAUUCUCACGCCAAAGUGCAAAAGAACCCGAAAACAUUUCGUUACGAGGCUAAUUGGGCUACAGAUCCUGAUUGUCAAGAGCUAGUGGCUAAUGCUUGGAAUCCGUUUGUUGAUGUUGACCCCUUUGUUGGCUGGGAGAAUAAUUUGGCUUGUUGUAGGAAGAAGUUGGUGUGUUGGAGCAGGGCAAAGUUUCCAAAUAAUAAGGCGAUUAUUGAUGCUCUUUGUUGGGAGUUAAAAGGAUUGCAUGAGGGCCCUAUUGAUGGAGUAAAUAAAGUUAGAGAAGAUGAGAUUUGUGAUGAGUUAGAGGCUGCCUGGGCUCGGGAGGAGCUGUUUUGGAAACAGAGGUCUAGGGUCAGCUGGUUGCUUGAGGGAGAUCGAAAUACGAAGUUCUUCUAUGUCACUACGGUCUACAGGAGGAACAAGAACAGAAUCAGUAGCUUAUGUUUGGAUAAUGGCAAUUGGAUUAGUGGGGAGGCGCAGAUUAGUGCUGCGUUUGCUGAUUUCUUUGAUAAUUUGUAUUGCACUUCUGGCUCCAGAAGACUCGAGGAUACGCUGAUGGCAGUGGAUAGUCAUAUUUCUGAGAGUGAGAACUUGUCAUUGGCAAUGCCUUUCUCUCCUGAUGAAAUUAGGAAGGCAUUAGGGAAUUGGAAGGCACCGGGGCCGGAUGGUUAUCCUGGUCAUUUUUACAAGGAGCAUUGGGAAGUGGUUUCUGGGAGUAUCAAUAGUGCAGUUGCUUGUUUCAGAAAUAGUGAUUCUUCUGUGAUUAUCUCAAAACUUCUUGCAAAUAGAUUGAAACCUCUUCUUCCUAGUCUUAUCUCAAAGCAACAGAACGCCUUCGUUCCUGGUAGGCUGAUUCAAGAUAAUCUUAUCUUAGCGCAUGAGGCUUACCAUUACCUCAAGUUGAAGAGGUCGAAGAAAGGUCAUGAAUUCGCCUUAAAGUUGGAUAUGCAAAAGGCUUAUGAUAGGGUUGAAUGGGACUUUCUCGAGGCGGCUUUGUUGAAGUUUGGUUUUAGUUUGGCGUGGGUGAGGCUGAUUAUGAAGGCCACUGCCUCAAAUUGUAGGGCUUUGAAGUCGAUCUUGGACUCUUAUUGUGUUGCUUCUGGACAAGCUGUUAACCUUGGUAAGUCAUCAGUUUUCUUCUCUGUUAACUCUCCUCCUGAAAUUCGUGAGAUGGUUACAGCGGAGUUGGAAAUUCCUAUCAGUUCUCAGCCGGGAAUUUAUCUCGGUCUUCCCACUAUUUGGGGAAAUUCCAAGAAAAGUGCGAUGGCUUACAUACGAGAGAGAAUUAAUCAAAAAAUUCAAGGGUGGAAGGCUAAUAUUCUUUCUCAAGCUGGAAGAGAGGUGCUUAUUAAAGCUGUUGCCAUGGCGGUUCCAGCCUACCCUAUGGCUAUCUUUCUGCUUCUGAAGGCGCUUUGCAAAAACAUCAACUCUGAUCUUUCUUAG